AUGGAUGCCACCAUAGCGGAAAGCAGAUUCGUUGAUGCUCUGUGGGCUAACAUCAGAACAGCGUCUGACCUCUUUCUGCGGACAUCAAGCUGUUUGACUCCACUUGAUGUGGAGAGGCCAGACUCCCCUUUCCCCAGUUGUGCGUCCAUAAAGAGUGGCCAGUCCAUGGGUACACCACUGCAGUUUGGAGCAAGAGACUCCUCUAAUCAGAAUCCACUUGAUGUGACGAGGCCAGAUUCCCCUUUCGCCAGUUGUGUGUCCAUGAAGAGUGGCCAGUCCAUGGGUACACCACUGCAGUUUGGAGCAAGAGACUCAUCUAAUCAGAAUCCACUUGAUGUGACGAGGCCAGAUUCCCCUUUUGCCAGUUGUGUGUCCAUGAAGAGUGGCCAGUCCAUGGGUACACCACUGCAGUUUGGAGCAAGAGACUCAUCUAAUCAGAAGUGUAAACAAACACUUCAGGAUCACAAACAUCUUCUGAAAGAGAAGUUUCACUGUUUGACUGAGGGAAUCUCAAAGCAAGGAAACCCCACACUCCUCAAUGAGAUAUAUACAGAAGUCUACAUCACAGAAGGGGGCAGUGGAGAGGUCAACGAUGAACAUGAGGUCAGACAGAUUGAGGCAGCAUCAAAGAGAUCAGUUACUUGUGACAAACCAAUCAAAUGCAGUGACAUCUUUAAACCCUUAACUGGACAUGAGAAGGACAUUAGAACUGUACUAACAAAGGGAGUGGCUGGCAUUGGAAAAACAGUCUGUGUGCAGAAAUUCAUUCUGGACUGGGCUGAAGAAAUAGCUAACCAGGAUAUGCACUACAUAUUUCCUUUUCCUUUCCGUGAGCUUAACCUAGUGAAGGAGGAACCUCUCAAUUUAGUUGGUCUGAUGAAACGAUUCUUUGGGAACAUCCGUGAUUUCAGCAUUUUCACUGAUGAAAAAUGCAAAGUGCUCUUCAUCUUUGAUGGUCUCGAUGAGUGUCGGAUUCCUUUGAAUUUCAACUCCACCUCAAAGUGUUGUGAUGUAACAAGAGUAGCCACAGUGUCUGCUUUGCUGACAAACCUCAUCAAGGGGAAUCUGCUGCCCUCUGCUCUCCUCUGGAUUACCUCCAGACCAGCAGCAGCCAAUCAGAUCCCUCCUGAGUGUGUGGACCAGGUGACAGAGGUACGUGGGUUCAAUGACCCCCAGAAGGAGGAGUACUUCAGGAAGAGAGUCAAUGAUGAGAACUUGGCCACUAGAAUCAUCACACACCUUAAGUCAUCCAGGAGCCUCUUCAUCAUGUGCCACAUUCCUGUCUUCUGCUGGAUUGCAGCUGCUGUGCUGAAGAGAUUGUUGAGGAAAACAGGUACAGGAGAGAUACCUAAGACUCUAACACAAAUGUACACCCAAUUCCUGAUGAUUCAAACAGAAGUCAAACAGAAGUACACAAACAGAGAGGGGACUGAUGAAGGGAUGAUUUUCAAACUGGGGAAACUUGCUUUUCAGCAGCUGCAGAAGGGCAAUCUGAUAUUUUAUGAGGAGGACCUGAGAGAGUGUGGCAUUGAUAUCACAGAGGCAUCAGUGUAUUCAGGAGUGUGUACCCAGAUAUUCAGAGAGGAGGCUGGGGUGUACCAGGGUAAGGUGUUCUGCUUUGUACAUCUCAGCAUUCAGGAGCAUCUUGCUGCAUUAUACAUGCACCUCACUCUCAUCAUCUACAGGGAAAAUGUUCUACAACCAGCCACCUCAAGGCCAGUCACCUUCAAAUCUAAGUUUGCUCAGUUCUUCAGGCCUUUGUCUGUCUAUGAGCUGCACAACACUGCAGUAGACCUGGCCACAAAGAGUGACACUGGACAGCUGGACCUUUUCCUCCGCUUCCUUUUGGGCCUUUCACUGAAGCCCAAUCAGAAGCUCUUGAAAGCCCUACAACCACAGGCAACCAUCCAAUCACAGAGCACAUAUGAAACUGUCCAGUACAUCAAAGAGAAGAUCAGAAAGAAUCCCUCAUCAGAGAAAUGCAUGAAUCUGUUCCACUGCCUCAAUGAGCUGAAUGACCAGUCCCUAGUGGAGGAAAUCCAAAGAUACCUGAUAUCAGAAGGUCAAAAGCAAAACAAUCUCUCCCCUGCACAGUGGUCAGCUGUGGUGUUUGUGCUGUUGACCUCAGAAGAGGAGCUGGAUGUGUUCUUCUUGCAGAAAUAUGGCAGAUCAGAGGAAUGUCUGCUGAGGCUUAUGCCUGUGGUCAAGGCCUCCAGAAGAGCAGAGCUGUGUCGCUGUAAGCUGACAGAGAAAAGCUGUUCCUCUCUGACUUCAGCCCUCAGCUCAGGUUCAAGUCUCAGACAUCUGGACCUGAGAUGGAAUAAUCUGAAGGACUCUGGAGUGGCACUUCUUAAUGCUGUAUUGAAAAAUCUGCUCUGUCAACUGGAGACACUGAAGUUGCGUGACUGUAAGCUGACAAAGAAAAGCUGUUCCUCUCUGGCUUCAGCCCUCAGCUCAGACGCAAGUCUCAGACAGCUGGAUCUGCGAGCCAAUAAACUGCGGGACUCAGGAGUGACACUUAUCAGUGCUGCAUUAAAACAUACACUCUGUCAUCUGGAGAUAUUGAGGUACCGCUGUCAGCAGCGGGAGGCCAAGCACCCCUAA